ACAAAAGAAGAAGAAAUGUACGUGACGUCCUAAUGGUUGCUAAGUGAUGUUCUACUUUACGGAAGUUUCUAUCGAGUGUCUUCACUUUGAAACUUAAAAAUGCAAUAUUCCGGCUAAAGUCGUUUUCAUUAGAGCUUUCAAUGGUUAGAAUAGACUGUUUACCGUAUUUCUGCUCUGCAUCGCUGUAUCAGACUGCCUUUUUAAUUAAAAACUGACCGCAGCAGUGGGAUGCUAGUUAGCUAGCUAACUAAGCUAACGACAACAACAUGGCACAAGUUCCUCCUCCCGGAUCAGUCGUAGUGGCUGACUGGCAUCGAUGUAAAGACAGCAAAGAAUAUUUCAGCAAAAUCCUGCACAAGAGGAGACGCAGAAACUUUGGCCUGUUGGAGUCUCCAGUGAUGCCUCCGAAUGUCGCUGUGGACACAGUUCACUAUAAGAUCUUCAUCUCUGGCAAGACUGGAGUUGGAAAAACUGCUCUUGCUGCACGUCUGGCAGGCCUGAAUAUCCCUAACAUGUACUAUGAAACCACAGGUAUUGAGACGACAGUGGUGUACUGGCCAGUGAAGCUGAGAGAGAGCGGCAGAGUGCUUUUCUUCCGUCUGCAGCUGUGGGACUGCGGAGAGAACGCCCUCCGUAGAUUUGACCAUUUGCUCCCAUCCUGUAAGGAGCAGGUGGACGCUGUGCUUUUCCUAUUCUCCUUCACCGACAGGACGUCCUUUGACGAUCUGUCAAAUCAGAUUGCAAAGUGGACCGGGACCCGUGAAAGUCGUGUAGUGAAAUUGGUGGUUGGCACCAAAUUUGACCUUUUCAUGCACUGUGAUGUGGCAGAGAGAGAUGUGAGGGACUUCCAGGAGACGUGGGGUUUACCGGUGCUGCGUAUGGGAGGGGAGGUCAGUGACGGGCUGGGUGACGUGUCUCCCCUCCUCAACUGCCUGGCAGAGAACUUGUGGCAUCAGGACUGUGUUGUAGCCAGAUCAUCCAGCUACCAUUCGCAGCAGGAGACAGGAACGCUAUAUUAAUAUUAAACAUGGACUUCAGGAUCUAGAUUUCUGCAUUAGCAGCUGAUCUAGUAAAACCCCUAAAUGGAGGAGGCUACUAUUAAAUAAUAAAUGGACUAUUUUAAAGUAUCUAACAAUA